AAUAAAAUAAAAUAAAAAAUAAAACUAUAAAAGUUGAAAGAGUUGUAAGCUUCCCGGUCAAUCUUCUCAUGUUACUAGGGUUUCCUAUCAAACUCUCGAAACCUUAUCGUCGGGCUUCACUUUCUUGGCUGUUCUAAUAUCUCAUUUCUCCACUUCCAGGGUUCUUCCUUUAUCGUUGAAACGUCAAACAAUAUGUAUUCAUCUAGAGGCACUGGUAACUAUGGACAGCAGUCAUCAUAUACUGCGCAGACUGGAUAUGGCCAAAAUUUGGGAAAUGUCUACCCUGGGAAUUCUGUUGGGGGACCUGACUCCCAACAACACUCCAUUGCGACUAGGCACUCCUCAAUGUUGGGAGCUUCACAGGAAGCUGAUACUGCUGCAUAUAGGUCACAUCCAUCUAGCACCACUUAUGGAGGACAGUAUAGUUCUGUUUAUAGCUCAGCUGCAUUGAGUAGCAAACCACAGGUCACUCAACUAACUGCCAAAGGGAGCAGUGUUCCAUCAGCUUUGGAAGGUCGGGGAGGCUAUGCCUCAGCCAUUGCCGAUUCCCCCAAGUAUCUGUCAAGUGACUAUAUAUCAUCUUCAAGCCAUGGCUAUGGACAUAGAACUGAUCAGUUGUUCACUGAAAAGGUCACCGAAUAUCCUACUCUUGAUAGGCGACAAUACAAUGAACGUCAGAGUGCUUACUUAGGAAGGGAUUUGAACACUGAUGCAGCUGGGCGAUUUUCCGAAUCUUCUGUUGGUUUUGGCCAUCAACGUCAUGCUGACUCGUAUGACCGUGUUGAUCAGAUGUCCCUGCUUCGUCAAGAGCAGUUGCUAAAAGCUCAAUCUCUACAAUCAGAUGCCCUUGAUGGGAGCUCAAGACAAAAUGAUUAUCUUGCAGCAAAAGCUGCUACUAGUCGUCACUCAACUCAAGAACUUCUCUCUUAUGGAGUAAGAGUAGAUGCUGAUCCUCGCAACGUGCCAGUGCUUAGUUCUUCUUACAGUGGGCAACAUUCAACAUCAAUUUUAGGAGCUGCUCCACGUAGAAAUGUGGAUGAACUUAUCUACUCCCAGAGUUCAUCAAAUCCAGGUUAUGGGGUGAGCUUGCCACCAGGCAGAGACUAUGCUGCAGGGAAAGGGCUUCAUGGAGCUUCUCUUGAGUCAGAUUAUUCAGGCAGUAUGUUGACACAUAGUAGCCAUCCAAGGAUUGAUGAACACAAAGAUGAUAGAGCUGGUUAUCUUCGAGAAUUUGAGCUUAGAGAGGAGGAACGUCGGAGGGAGCGUUUUCGCAUUAGAGAAAAAGAACGAGAAAGGGAGAAGGUACGAGAACGUGAACGAGAACGGGAACGGGAACGGGAACGAGAGCGGGAUCGAGAACGGCGAGAACGUGAACGAGAAAGAGAAAGAGAAAGAGAACGAGAACGAGAAAGAGAACGGGAAAGAGAGCGCAUCUUGGAAAGGCAGAAAGAAAGAGACAGAGAAUUCAAACGUGGGCUCGAAAUUAGGCGUGAACGCACUCCACCAAGAGUUUCCAAGGACAGACGUGGUUCCUCUUUGACUAAGGAGGGGAGAUCACUACACCGAGAUUCUCCACAUUAUGAAGCUUUGCAUAGGCAUCACUCACCCGUUAAAGAAAAAAGGAGAGAAUAUGUCAGCAAGGUCUACACGCACAGUUUAGUAGAUACACAACGGGAUUAUUUGUCAUUAGAGAAGCGAUAUCCCAGACUCUUUGUAUCCCCUGAGUUUUCAAAGGUUAUUGUGAAUUGGCCAAAGGAGAAACUCAACCUUUCUAUACACACUCCUGUCAGUUUUGAGCAUGAUUUUAUUGAAGAAGGGACUGUAUCUGGCUCAAAAGAGCAUUCCGAUGAGCUUAUGGCAAAAGAACUGGAGAAACCAAAUCAUGUGAAUACAGUAUGGAAUGUGAAGAUUAUACUGAUGAGUGGCAUCAGUAAAAAUGCUCUUGAGGAGUUAUCUUCUGAGAGAAGUUUGGACGACCGCAUACCUCACUUUUGCAAUAUCCUUAGAUUUGCAAUUCUUAAGAAAGACCGCAGUUUCAUGGCAAUUGGUGGUCCAUGGCAAUCAUCUGACGGUGGUGAUCCUUCAGUCGAUGAUGAUGCUUUAGUCCGAACGGCCCUUAGAUAUGCAAAGGAUGUUACACAACUAGACUUGCAAAACUGCCAGCACUGGAAUCGUUUCUUAGAGAUACAUUAUGAUAGAUAUGGCAAGGAUGGGGUUUUCAGUCACAAAGAAGUCUCCGUAUUAUUUGUUCCAGGUUUAUCUGAUUGUCUCCCUUCAUUAAAUGCGUGGAAGGAACAAUGGCUUGCACAUAAAAAGGCUAUUGCUGAUAGAGAGCGCCACACUGCACUAAAAAAGGAGAUAUCCAAGGAAGCAAAGGAAGGGAUGGAAGUCAAAGAAGCAGAAUCAACAAAAGAUACUAAGAGCGUUGAUAAAUUUGAAAAAGAGCAACACACUGUGUCAACCAGACAAGCAGACAUAGAUCAAAAGGAAAAAAGUGACAAAGGGGAGAAAGGGAAUACAACCGAGGGAAGGGGUAAUGGAAGUAGCUCAAAACUUGAAAGCAAGGAUGCAGAUGAAAGAGGCAAGGAAGCUCAGAAUGUUGAGAAACCAGAUCAAGAAGUUGCUGGUAGUACCCUGAAAAGUGGCGCUGCGAAAUCUGGAAAAAAGAAGAUUGUCAAGAAAAUUAUCAAACAAAAAACCAAAACAGUUGGUGAUGCAGCCAGCAAGAAAAGUGACCAAGUGGAUGAAAAGGUUGAUGGAGAGCAGAAGUCUGACUUUCCUUCGGAUCAACCUUCAAAUGAUUCUGCUACUGUCAAGGCUCCUGGAAAGAAAAAAGUAAUUAAACGGGUGGGAAAAAGUCUUCAGAAUGAAAAGAAUAAAGAUACACUUCCAAAAGUAGAAAAUGAAAUGAACUGCUCUGAGGAUAAGUCAAAGGAUAAUUCAGAUCUCAAUGCAGCAGUAGGUCAAGAUCCUGUUGUGAAAACAACUGUGAAAAAGAAAGUAAUUAAGAGGGUACCUAAAAAGAAGGUUCCUGUUGAGGAAGUUUCUAAAAAAGGUGAAGGUGGUGAUGCAAAUGAGAAGAAGGUUACAACAGAUGAAACACAUAAUGUAGAUAAGUCCACUGCAGAUGAUAAACAAGCCACUGCAGAUGAUAAACAAGGAAAUAAGUCACCUACAGAUGAUAAACAAGAAAAGAAAAUUCCUAAAUCAAAUUCUACGUCGCCUGCUGUGUUAAAACGGCGUGAUUCUGUAAAUUUGAAGAAGAGUGAGAAAGAGCCUGCUGUGAAGAAUGACGAUGAAACUGGCAAGGCAGCCAAUCCUGUGACCAAUUCUAUUGACAAACAAAAAGUUGGUGAGAAAGAUAGUAGUGAUGGAAAGAAAGAAAGAUCUAGAGAUGGUGAACAAUCAAAAGAUGAGAAAGAGAAAAUGGGUAAAGAUGAGUCUAGAAGCAAACCAAACAAAGAUUUGAAAGAAAAGAGAAAGUCUGAAGAACCUCCUCGACAUCCUGGGCUGAUACUACAAACAAGAUGGAGCAAGGAUUCCAAAUGUCGGUCAUUGUCGCUUUCCCUUGACUCGCUCUUGGAGUACACAGACAAAGACAUUGAAGAACCAACAUUUGAGCUUUCACUCUUUGCUGAGUCAUUUUAUGAAAUGCUUCAGUAUCAGAUGGGGUCCCGAAUUUUAACUUUCCUCCAGAAAUUGCGUGUCAAGUUUGUGGCAAAGAGAAAUCAGCGAAAACGGCAACGGGAGGAAAUCCACAAGGAAGAUAAUAAAAAAUCAUCACCAAAACGGCCAAAGACUACAGACAUUCCUAUUGAAAAUAAAUCUAUGGAACCAGAAUCAUCAACUCUGUCGCAAGCAGAUGCUGAAACACCUGCAGUGGAGGGAAAUGACUUGGCUACUCAUGUGGAUGAGACAAAGAUGGACACUGAAACAGAUUAUGGUGAUGAGCCUGAAGAAGACCCUGAGGAAGAACCUGAGGAAGAUCCUGAAGAAUAUGAGGAAAUGGACGACACUAGCUCUCAACACAAUUCAUCUAAUGAGAAUGAAGCGGAUGGUACAGUUGAAACCAACGAUGAAGAGGAUGCUACAAUGGUAACCAAUGAAGAGGAUGCUAAAACUGAAUUGAACGAAGAGGCAAAGACUGCCAAUGUUGUGCCCGAAAAGGUUGCAGGCAGUAAACCUGAAGAAGAAGAAACCAAGGGGUCGAACCAGGAGAGUGUUAGCAAGAAAGCAACGGAGUCUGAUAAAAGAGGGGUGGAGGUGGAGAUGAAGAAGAAAGAAGUGUCACCUCCCAAGGAGGCAGUGGUAGAUAAGGAGCUACUGCAGGCCUUCAGGUUCUUCGAUCGGAACUUGGUUGGCUAUAUUCGGGUUGAAGAUAUGAGAAUGGUUAUCCACAAUAUGGGGAAGUUCCUUUCUCACAGGGAUGUAAAGGAACUGGUUCACAGUGCACUGUUAGAAAGCAAUACUGGAAGAGAUGAUCGAAUCCUCUAUGGCAAACUUGUACGAAUGUCUGACAUUUGAAAUUGUGUAGUAUAUGGAGCACAAUGUCUGACCCAGUUUUUUCUUUUUAUUUUAUUUAAUAUUUUUUGUUUUCUUGCCUGAAACUUUGAAGAUUUGGGCAGUUUUGAAUUUUUUUUUUUAUUGUUUUUUAUUUUUUAUGGUUAUGUUCAUAUUUAGAUUGAAACUUUCAAGGGUUGAAGAUGAAGAUAAAUGUGAUCGGUGCCUAUUUACAACCACAA